CAGGCAAGAGCCAGGGACGCGUCACAGAAACACUCAUUCGAAUCAUCCGCAAUGAAUCAGAAACGAUUAUACGCGGGCGCUGAUUCGGAAGAAAGUUCACGUUCAGACAACCUGGAGUUUUACAGAGGACUACAGGCCACAGGGGGGAAUGGUGUGGGGAAGUCUGAAGACACGUCGUGCGAUGACGUCAGGAUGUCCUUCAGACGGUGAAGGAAGUCGAGACGACAAUGAACUAACUCAUUCUAUGGAAAGAGAAGUGACGAAGAAACGACCAUCUCCGGACACCCAACCACGUUUUACAAGUCCGAGCGCGGUGCACGACCGGAAACGAGUCAAAGUUGAGGAUGCAAGGAAGCCUUCACAGGAGAAAGAGGGAGAACAUUCAGCACUGGAGUAUGAGGUGCACCUGCGUGAUGAUGACGAUAAUGGCAGUUCCGGCAAGUACAACAGACGUUUCGUUCGUGCGUCAUCGGUGGUUUCCCCGAGCAAGGCCCCGUUUAUCUUCCCUCAGCGUUGCACAUCUGUACCUCUAGAUGGAGAGGAUGUCGUCCCGUCUGUCGACCUUACGGCGAUUCCACCCUCGCCUCAACGUUCCCCGAACAAGAGAGAUAUUGAAGUUAAGCGCGCACCGUCUCUACCUCCGAUGGCCUCAGACUCCAUGGAGGUGGACGAAGGGGAACUUCGUUCUGAUGGUUCGACACAUUCCGGCGAUGCAUUGCCCAACCAGCGGAAAUUUCCCGCCUUCAACUACACGGUAAACUUUGCUACGCCUAUCGCCAGCAAACGCACUAUCUAUCCUCUGAUGACACCGCUAUCUCCACUUACACCUCUUCCACCGACGCCAUUCACGGGACGGCUGCAAAAGGCCCAAAGUAUACCCCAAGAAACCCUUCAUGGGCUGGAGGAUGAGAUGGAUACUGAUGCAGAUUCACUCACAAACAUCCCUAUAUCCCCGACCGGUGCCACUUCCACUUUGGAUUUUUCUACCGCGAAAUCCACAGCUUCAUGUGAACCCUUGCCGAGGGCGAGCUCCCGCCCGUCCUCAGUCGCCUCCUCGCUAACUUCGGAAUUGACCAGUAUUGAGGACAUUACUGAUCUACCAAACCUGUCUCAAGAACUCAUGCCACCCCCUGCAGUUCCUCCAUUGGAGCGUCAAGAAGACACUGCUGCUGGCUCAUCUCCGCAGUCGGGACAGAAAAGCUUACCGCCUGCCCACUCCACCGCCACGAGUUCUUCAACGUCCAAGCCGGCGAUUUCUACCUCUGUUUUUGCAAACCGACCUGGUGGCCCGCAGAAAAAGCGGUCAACCAUCGCCGGGGCGAUGAAGCCAAGGCCUGUGUCUUCAACCUCCGCAGUUCCUAGACGUGUGACGCGGAGCUUAUCUGUGAAUAAGACAAGUGGCGAUAUUCCCCAAGAAGAUGGACGCCAAUCCCUUCCAAUCCGACACCAACAGCUAUUUCUAAACAUGGACCUGCUGCUCCACAAGGACGUCCAACGUCGUCAUCCACGUUAAUACCACCGACGGCUGGAAAACUUAAGCAGACUUCUUUAAAUACGUUUAUAAGACCAAAAUCGGCUGCUACCACUUCUACGACAGCUACGACAGCAUCUGGACCUGCCCAUGUAUCGAAUUCCACAGUGGCGGCUGCCGGCCCAUCCAAACUCGCGCCUCUACCCUCUCCGUCCAAGAUUCCUCUUCCUGUGUCUCCGAUGAAACAUACGCCUGGGAAGGCGAAAGGACGCGCAUUCACUUCAACAAUAUCAGAUUCUAAUAUAUUCGCUGGAACAUCGCGAGGGGCGGCCCUCUCGACACUUUCACACGCGCUGGAGAAACUCGGCGUGCCACCGCCUGGCCGGCCCAGCACGAGUUUGGGUUUCACAAGGCUAGAUAGUGCAAACGAUGACGGCGGCGACGGAGUUUCGGACGUCACCCAAAAUGGAGGGAAAAACAAGGCCUCUAAUGAGGGAACGGUCAAGGGUAAAGGCAGAGCA